CCCCGCGGGCGCUCGCGGCCUGGAGCCCUGCCCGGGGUUUGAGCGCUCGCACCCGGAGGUGGGCCCCGCGGACGGCCCGGCCCCGCCCACUUUGGCCUGGGGUCGGAGCGCCACGAGCAGCCGCGGAGUCCGAGCAGUCGCGGCCCCUUUAAGGAGCCGCUCUGCGGUAACCCGAGCCCGCAGUCGGGGCUGGCGCGGCGGCCGCGGCUAGAACUGAAGCCUCGGCGACUGCUCCUCCACGCGGCCCGCGCCCGCAGCUUCCCCGGCUCCCGCGAGUAUCUCGCGGGUGGCUCCGGCCGGCGCCAGCCCUCUGGCCGGACCGGAUGACCAAGCGCCUGUGAGCACUGCUGUCCUCUCCCGGCCCCGCGCAGCCGCCGUCCGCGCGAGUCGUCCCGGGACCCGGACAGGUUGAAGAAUUAUGGAAGCCAGCACCACGCUGACCAUCGGCACUGUUUGUAGCAGUUUUUUCACCUUUCAGAUUCUUUUCCACUUUGUAAGUUACCGGUUUUCAGCAAAAGUUUCUUCUGGUUUUAAUAAUCUUGGCAUCGAAAAGAAGAUUGAAUGGAACUCAAGGGUAGUGUCUACAUGCCACUCUUUGCUGGUUGGAAUUUUUGGCCUGUACCUUUUCUUAUUUGAUGAAGCGACAAUAGCCGAUCCACUUUGGGGUGAUCCUACACUUGUGAAUGUGAAUAUUGCCACUGCUUCAGGCUACCUCAUUUCUGAUUUGUUGAUUAUAAUUUUGAAUUGGAACGUGAUUGGCGACAAGUUUUUUAUAAUUCACCAUUGCACAGCACUCAGUGCGUACUACUUUGUAUUGAAAGAUGGAGUGCUUGCAUACAUUGCCAAUUUUCGCCUGCUUGCAGAGCUUUCCAGCCCUUUUGUGAAUCAGCGAUGGUUCUUUGAAGCCCUGAAGUACCCCAAGUUUUCCAAAGCCAAUGUCAUCAAUGGAAUACUCAUGACAGUGGUAUUUUUCAUUGUGCGGAUUGUUUCAAUACCUCCUUUGUAUUUCUUCAUGUAUUCUGUUUAUGGAACAGAACCCUACAUGAGGCUCGGGCCCAUCAUCCAGUAUGCCUGGAUCUCUACUUGUAUUGUUUUGGAUGUGAUGAAUGUCAUGUGGAUGAUCAAAAUUACAAAAGGAUGCAUCAAGGUCAUCUCUCUCAUCAGACAAGAGAAAGCCAAAAAUAGCCUUCAGAAUGGAAAACUUGAUUAAAGGUGUGCUUUGUCAAAACAGUUGUCUAAAUAAGCAGUCUUUAUUACUACCCACAUCAUAUCUACUAAUAGGGUGAAUUCUUGGCAUGUUCUUGUGCUUCUUUAUUAAUUAUAAUUGUUCUUCAGGGUUUCAGUGGUUUCUCUUUUUUUAACCCUUAGAAAAGAGAAAAUAAAAUUUGGUUUUCAUUCUAAGAUUUCUUCUUUCCUUCUGCAUUAUAAGCAUGGAUAAAAAUUUAAAGGUUUAAAUAAAAGUUGUAAGUAGAGUGGUGAAACUUCAGAACUCUGUUAGCCUACAUGGGGAUUUUUCUCUGUGGAAGAAUGACUGGUGAUCUGGUACCCUUGUUGUGCCACCCAUUUUGUUGAAGGAAUGAGAACUACUUCAAAAUCUAUAAAAAGCUCAACAUUUUGUUGUGCUACAUUCUUUUCUAAUGUCAAUGCCUGUGAUGUGUUGUGUUUAAUUUCUAAAUUGUUGACAUGUCCUUUUUCCUAGGCUAUUAGAAGUGACAUAUUUUUCAUGAUACACAAGCAUCUAUUAACAAUGAAGUAUUUUACUCACUUUGAGAAUAUCAUGGAAAAUCCUUCCUGUAUUUUACAAUGUUUUUCUGAUGUCACUUUAUUCUAUUUUUAGCACUUUAUCCAAUUACUUUUUUAUUUUCUAGUAAGGCAAGGAUUAAUACAGAUCUUAUGGACGACAUUCCUAAGGAAUGAAUGUCUUCUAAAAAAUGCAUGCUGAUAGAUGCCUACAUAGGCUAAUAGGAGGAAUCAUUAGGAAAAUGUCUUCAACACUGUCAUCCCCUCCGCUGCCUUUCUACUUUUUCUAUGAAAAAUACAUUUCUUGCAAAAUCUUCCAAGUUCAGAACCUGACACCAUCAGUACCAGUGUUUGUCAUGGUAAGAUAGGCCUCUUUUGGGUGAGACCAAAACUGCAAAAAAAAAAAAAAAAAAAAAUCAGUAUUUAUAUUUUGUUCACAGUUUCUACUCAGGCUUGCUUGCCGGUCUUUGUAUUAGUCCAUGUAAAGAAAAGGCAGGAAAUAAGGUGAUUUAACCCAAGUAUUCUGAUUAUCAAAAUUAUCCUGUGUGAAGAAGAUAAGUGACUGAUUUUGUUAUGUAUGUGUUUACUUUUGCUUUGAUUCUUGCAAUCCAAAUAUAGAAUUAUAUAUUUAGCUAUUGCCUUUAUUUAUUUUUCUGAAGUACUUGACUUGAUGAUUGUUCUUAAGAAAAAGAGAGAUUUAAUUCAACUAGUGGUAAAUACUUGAACUUAGUUGAACCUAAACCAAAAGAUCUAAUCCAUUCAGAUUCUCAGUUUGAAAGAGAAUGCUUUUUCUUUCACUGUUUAUCAUAUGAUGGCGAAAGGAAGCUAAAUGAAUGUAAUCAAGACUUUUAAUAGAAUGUAGUUUAAUUUAAUUGUCCAAUAGAGGUAGAGUCUGAGAAAUCCUAGUAUGGUUAAAGAUGAGAAUUGAAAUUUCAGUCAACUAAGGGAUAAAAUAAAGUUUCUUGGCUUAUACUAGGUACAUUUAUUUUUUGAAAGAUAAUGUAAAAGAUAGGAAUUUGUUUUUAAAGUAGAUAAUAUUACAUUGGUAAUUGCUUGCUAAAUGUAUUGCUGUGUCCACAUCAUAGGCUGUCAAAUACGUAUUGUUUGUCUGAAGGGUGAAGGUCUAGGAAUACAACUGACUUUAUAUUGUUCUUGGCUUUUGGGCAAGAAAAGUGGGCUUUAAAAAAAAAAAGCAAGGAAAAAAUUUAUAUUAUAAAACUAUUUUAGAAAUUCACUAAAAAAGAAAUAAACCUUGAAAUAAAUAUUUUUGACUUUUCGAUAUUGCUACAGCUCUGAACAGUUUCUAAACUCACCACUGAAUGCGGAGUAGAGAGCCGCGUGCGUCUCCUGUACCUUUUCAUUUAUACUUCAUCAGUGUCACUUUUCAUUGAUUCGUGUAGCUGCUCACCAAACAAGCGUAUUCAGAAUAUCAAACUGUCAGACCAAGAUUUGUCAUUCCCUUAGCCAGCAGUUCUUAUCAGAUCAGAUACAGUAUCCCAAAGUAGGUUUUACACAUUUCUUCAUACAGGAGAAAAGCAGUGGGAAUAACCCCCAGACUGCCGUGCUGCUUCAAGUCAGGCCUUCGCAGGAGCUGUGUUUUGCUCUUCUGUGGUUAUAUUUAUCAACCUAAAAUGCAAAUAAAGACAGAACAUAUUUCUUGAACAAUGAAAUUUUCAUUUAUCGAAUGACAAAUUUUGGUAGUUAUUUUAGAUAUUAAGUAUUUUGGCUAUAUGGACUAAUUUACAUUCGUGAGUCUAUUAGGCAUUCUGAUAUUUAAGAACUCUGAAAAUAUUUAUAGAAAAUAAAAGCAAAUUGGUAUAAAUUUUUAAGCAAUUCUAUUUUUCUAGAAAAGGUUAGUGAUAAUCUGAAUAUGUAGUAUUCUAGAAAAUAAAAGUUCUUGUGAAACUGAAAAAUGAGUGAAAAUUAACUAAUACCAUACUUGAUCAUAGAUCUUGCAUUCAAUAUUUUAUUUGUGAGAAUUAAAGCAAUUUUGAACUUGA